AGGGAACGGUUCCAUCAUGAAUGUGGGGUUAUUUUCCUACUUGUCGAAUUUGUUCCAAACCCAAUUUCCUAUUCGUUUAGCCGAUCUGAGUCACACCGUUUGCCCGGUCACGAACGAACCCAACCUAGCUCUGUCAAACAAAAGGCAAUCAGCGGUGGUCUCUGACUCUCUCUUGGUUCUUUAAUGGCUUCCCUUACUCGCUGACGCUUCACAUACCAAACCCAGCCAUCGGAAACGACAGCAGAAGAUAAAGAAGAGAGAAAAGAAGAAGAAAAAGGAUGUUGGUUGCCAUGAAUGCUGCCUUCGCAUGCCCCCCAAGGCCUUACCGUGUUGUUUCCUUCUGUUGUGGCUCUCACCAACUGAGGGAGCAGCUCGAUUCUCUCUACCAGGAAUCAGAAAAGACCCGCACUAGGGCAAAUAACACAAGAUUGAGAUUGAUGAGAUUGUCAGAGGCCGCAGAGAAGCUUCGAAGGCAAGCAACUCUUGAAGUACAAGCUGGCAAUGAAAAUGCAGCUAGGGACUUGCUUCAACAGAAGAAGAAAGUAAUGGAGGCUUUGGAGAAGUCUAAGAACCGAAUUGAGCUGCUUGACGAGCUCUCUACAAAAGUUAAUGAGGCAAUCUCUAUGAAGGAAACUCAAUUAAUUAGCAAUGUUGCCAAAGAUGGUGAUGUUGAAAAAGAACAGCCUGCUGCUUCUAUCUGGAGUGUUUCUCCAAAGGAGGAGGUUCUGCAAGAAUCAAACGAACAUGGAGAAUCUAACUCCAAUAGCAUUAUGCCUGAAGAUGCAGAAAAAUAUGAACUGGAGAGUAACUCCCAGACAGUUAUGGGCGUCUAUGAUGAGAAAAUAUAUGGUGGAAGGUUACAGAAUAUUUUGGAAGUAGAUGAAAGGGACAACAGUUCGGAAAUCAUGUCUUCAUAUGAAAAGUUUCUUGACCACAUUGAUGGGCAGCUCAUUGAUUUGGAAUCACAGAUUGUCACAUUUUUGCGGCUUACAACAGCUAUAAUGGAAGAAGAAGAAAAACUUAAAAAUCUGAAGGUGAAAACUGUAUUAGAACUUCUGACAGCUGUUCGUAACACCAGAGAAAGGUUGGCAAAUGCCUUGAAGGUCAGGAGAGAAGGCAGGUGAACCUUAAUUUCUGUCUGCUGGUGUAGUCUGGCGAUGCUUCUUAUCCUCUGCUCACUAAAGAGGUACUUAACUGUCUCCAUAGCUUUCAUGCUGACGCGAACAUGUUGGCGGAACAGUAUCCCCAUUUCCUUGUUCAUAUUCAUAGAGGACUGGAGAUCAGCGUGUGCCACAUUUGCGUCGUUGAACGGCAUCUAAUGAGGCAAAUACAUGUUAUGUUUGGUACAAAGACUUCUUUAAGGGUGUCUGGAAAACCAUUCCGGUACUUCACCGGUAUUUAUUGCACCCGCGUAGAAUACAGAUUCAAUAAUUCACUGGGGAUUUCCGCAAGAUUAAAGCAAUGAGAUCCUUUUUUUAGUACCCAGUGAACAAGUCAUGGUAAGCAUGCACUCCUCAGUUGAAGUUCAACGUGCCCACGAAAUUCAGCCGGUUCGAUGUAAAGAUAUUUGAUUAAUGAAUCAACAAUAUUCUGCGUUUAUUGGCUGGU